UGCAGCCGCUGAUGGACGCGCGCGGGCCGCUGGCGGACAUCUUCCACGCCUCGGACGCGGCGCCGGACGGGCUGGUCGAGCGGGUGGCAAGAGCCGUCGCCGCCGUGCCUCGCUUCGCCGGCUGGCUGGCCGACGAGGCUGCCGCGGUGGAGCCGGGGCUCGUGUCUGUGUACGCGGCUCGAGCUUGCCUCCCGGCGCUUGGCGGAAGCCGCCUGACGCCGCUGCGAGCCAUGCCUCCCGCGCCGUUUGGCGGCGGCGGCGGCAAGGGCGGCGGCAAGGGCGGCGGCAAGGGCGGUGGCAAGGGCGGCGUCGGUGUCUGCGUCGCACGGCAGGAGCCAGACACGGGCGGCGCGGCGCUCGAGCGGUGGGCGUGGGAGGGGACAGGCGAGGGGCCGGCCUCGGGACGCGCGGCGGCCGCUCCGGUCACGGCGCGGCGCGGCAGCGAGCUCCUCCGGGUGCUCCUCCCCGACCUCGAGGAGGGCGAGGAGGUGGCGGCCACGGCGGCGGCCUCCGUGGCUGCCACGGUGGCGCCUCCGGUCCCGUGCGACGCCACGCCGCCGGUGUCGGUUCUCGCCGGUCGGCUGGCUGCGCUGCACAGCCAGGCGCAGGCGACCGCGCCGCCCUCGCCCGGCCAACUCCCUCUCCCACCGCCCAGCUUCCAAGUGCCGGCGCGCGCCGCCGCCCGGAGCCCGAGGUAAAACUCGCGAUGUGUGCAAGUUUACUUUCCACAACACAGCACACAUGCUGAGGUGACGCAGUCUCGUGAACCGUGCGCAUGACUUACGAAACACGGCG